CAAAACUCAAACCCGUCUCUGAGAGCGUCGCCGAGAGACAGAGACAGAGACACUGACCCCCACCCCCCGGGGCCCGGGGACACCGGCGGUGCAGCGGCGGUUCUGUGCUGAUUGACUGGAACGAUGGCUGUUCCAUUUGUGGAGGACUGGGACCUGGUGCAGACUUUGGGUGAAGGAGCCUAUGGGGAAGUACAAUUGGCUGUAAAUAGGCGGACGGAGGAAGCGGUGGCAGUGAAGAAAGUGGAUACCACACGGGCUCUGGACUGCCCCGAAAACAUCAAGAAGGAGAUCUGCAUCAAUAAGAUGUUAACCCACAAAAACAUUGUGAGGUUUUACGGGUAUCGGCGUGAGGGGACUAUUCAGUACCUGUUCCUGGAGUACUGCAGCGGAGGGGAGCUGUUCGACAGAAUAGAGCCCGAUGUGGGGAUGUCAGAAGUGGACGCUCAGAGGUUUUUCCAACAGCUGAUAGGAGGCGUGGAGUAUCUUCACAGCCUUGGAAUCACACACCGGGACAUCAAGCCGGAGAAUCUCCUCCUUGAUGAGAGAGAUAACCUGAAGAUCUCAGACUUUGGUUUGGCUACGGUCUUCAGGCACAACAACCGCGAGCGAUUGCUGAACAAAAUGUGCGGCACGCUCCCCUACGUGGCUCCCGAGUUACUGAAGAGGAAGGAGUUCCACGCAGAACCUGUGGAUGUCUGGUCGUGUGGAAUCGUUCUCACUGCCAUGCUGGCUGGAGAGUUACCAUGGGACCAAGCAACUGACAAUUGCCAGGAAUAUUGUGACUGGAAGGAGAAGAAACUGUACCUGACGCCUUGGAAGAAAAUCGAUCCCAUACCCCUGACUCUUUUGAACAAGAUUCUGGUUGAAAGUACCAAGAGCAGAGCUACAAUUUCAAGCAUUAAAAAGGAGAAGUGGUUCAGCAAGCAGUUUAAAAGGGGUGUGAAGAGACCUUGUGUGUCUUCAGGCAGUCAGAAUGACUCCCAGGGACCGUUUUCUAAACACAUUCAUUCUGCGAUGGGUCUGUCUCCUGUCAGUAGUGAACUUUGGAGCGAGGACCGGACCAGGUACUCAAGCUCUCAGCCGGAACCUCGCAUGGGGACAUCGUCAUGGGAUUCGAAUCACUCCGAGAUUGACAAUCUCGUCCAGGGCAUCAGCUUUUCCCAGCCUGUCUGCACCGAACACAUGCUGCUUAGCAGUCAAUUACAAAGCACACCUGGAUCAUCACAGAAUCCCUGGCAGCCCCUGGUGAAGAGAAUGACUCGCUUCUUCACAAAGCUGGGUGCUGACCAGUCUUACUCGAGCCUGAAGGAGAUUUGUGAGAAGUUGGGCUACUCCUGGAAGAAGAACUGCAACAAUCAGGUUACUGUAUCAACAAUGGACAGACGGAAUAACAAGCUGAUCUUCAAGGUGAAUCUGAUCGAGAUGAAUGAGAAGAUUCUGGUGGACUUCAGAUUAUCCAAGGGAGACGGGCUGGAGUUUAAAAGGCACUUCCUGAACAUCAAGCACAAAGUGAAUGACAUCAUCUACACUCAGAGAGCUCCGCUGGCUGUCACCUGAGCUUACAGCGCGGAGUGUCUGCCACGAUUCAGGCUGCUUGUUGGUCGGAAUUGCGUGGGAUAAUAGCCUUUUCUGUACAAACUUUCUUUCCAGCCCACGAAUGAAUCUUCGAUCACGUUUGAUCAUACACUGAAAUUAAUGUUCGGAGUCCCCUUCAAUUCUUUUUGUCACAUGCUGUAGUGCUCUCCAAAUCUCACUGUGCCACUCGGCCACGUCCAGUCUGUGUUGUGCCGGGCUCCUGGCAUUAGUACAUGCGUUAUUAAAUCAGUAUUUUCUUUGCAUACGUUGCUGAGCCAGAUCAGGUUGGACGAGGAAGGUUUUCCUUUCAGCAGAUUGUGAAACCCUGACGAUUAAGAGUACAGAUUGUGUAGAGUGGGCAGAUCCAGAUUACUGCUAAAUCAUGUCUUCACGCUUAGCAGUAGCGUUCCAAACACACACACACCACAGAAUCAUCCGUUAAAAUUACACAGAUCGGUUGCAAUCCGUGAAACAAUAUCAGACUCGCCAUUUUCUAAUCAGAUUAGACCUUUUUACCUGGAUACCUCACAAACUUUGAAACUCUUUUUUACGUACGAAAACAAAUCAUGCGUUUGCAGGAACUGACAAUGUACAUUGCUGGUUAUCACUAGAACACCUAUUUAUAUAGUCUGGAUCUGUAGUAAGAGUAAACUAAUAAUAAAUCUUGCAUUCGAUAAACCUCGUCGCGUCGUUGAGACGUCUCAAAACGCUUCACAGAAUAUACUGUGAAGUGAAUUGACUAUAUAUUUUCUGUAUACAGUCAAUUCACUUUACAGUAUGUUCUGUGCAGCGCUCUGAGACGUCUCAAAAAGACGCGAUGAGACGCUGUAUCAAAUGCCAGGAUUAUUAUUAUAACUUCAACUGUAGCCCAUUGGUGUCGAGGAGCAAAAUGCCAGGAAAUAUGCAACCAUUCAGAUAUAGUCGUGUGUGAUUUAUCUGUGUGUGCGCACGUAUAAUAUUUAUACUUGCUCUAUGUGUGUUACAGGGGUUCAGUUUGUUUGCAUUGGUAUCAAUAUUACUUCUUUUAUAUAAAAAAAACACUCACUCAAACCAAGUUACUUUUAAGUGAAUAAUGGGAAAGGUCAAGUUUCGUUGCUCUUUUCUGCACAUAUUCCAGUUUCGUUGUUAAGCUGAAUUGUAGUUUUCUUUCUCCCUCGUUGCCGUCCUCCCGUGCGCGAUCUCGCUUGGAUUUGCGUGUGCGCUGUAUCGUGCGUUGCCCGAGCUCGACGGUUUGGUCUUAGCGUUUGGGAGUACGUUUCCUUCUCUAAAAAUGUGAAUCGAAAUUUGCCGGAUGAACAAUUCAUUAUUUACCAAAAGGGCGAAGCCUUUUCUGUGCCCGUUACAGACUCCGCUUGCGCUUCGUUGCGUGUUGGAGGUAAUGCGUUACAGGUGUAUUUGCGUGGAACCGCCCGACUGCUGUGCAGGGAACUGACUGACACUUCCAACGCAUUUCGCAAACCAAACUGCAUACCUACACGACGACGGGAACGUGGGCUCGAAACGUCCACGAACCACACAGCUACACCUAACCUGCAACUGCCAACGAAACUGGUUAUUUUCUUUUUUUUAGCAUUCACAUAGCGUUCCAUAGAUUUCACAUAGAUUUGUCAUUUAUUUCUGUUUAGAUGUUUUGCCGACUGUGCUCGGAGCCUCGGGCUGGGUGUUUCGGGGGGAGAGAAGUCAUUGCUUAUUUAACGUAACGACUUGUUUGAAAGAUUAAAAAAAAUAAAAGUCACCUUUUGAAUA